UACUUUGCAAGUUUAGUUGUUAAAAAAUUGCCAACUAAUCUCCCUCCCCCUCUUUCUCUCUCCUCCUUCAAUCCCCACCACCACCCACCCACCAUUAUCGCAGACCUCAAGAAACCCCCCUUUUCUUCUUCAAAUCAUCCCAAUUUCCCAAUAAUUUUCCAAACCCCUAAUUUCUUAGAUUUCUGCUUUUCCUUUCGGAAAUUAGGGUUUUCAAUUUCUUCAAUUUCCCGAUUGCAAUGUCGCAGCUCAAAACGAUUGGUCACAUGGCGGAUGAUAUCCCAUCAACCCCUGGAAAAUUCAAGCCUGAAAAGUCAUCGGUUUACUUCAACAGAAUCCGAUGGUACUCUUCCCUCUCCAAACUCACCCUCUGGUCUUUCCUCUUUCUCUCUCUUCUUCUUUUCCUCUUCUUCGCCUCACCCCGCCUUGAACGACAUGGGGAUAGCUUCCAAACCGUGUCAAAAACCGCCACCGCUGCCACCUGGGGCGGCCACGACUGGGAACUCCGCGUUCGGCAAUCUGCACGGGUGAAGCACGGCGCCCACGGUCUUACCGUGCUCGUAACUGGUGCAUCAGGCUUCGUUGGGACCCAUGUUUCGAUGGCGCUACGGCGGCGAGGAGAUGGCGUUUUGGGUCUCGACAAUUUUAACAACUACUAUGACCCUUCUUUGAAACGAUCUCGCCAGAAACUUCUAGAACGUGCUGGAAUCUUUGUUGUGGAAGGUGAUAUCAACGAUCGAGAUCUUUUGACCAAACUGUUUGAUGUUGUGGCCUUUACUCAUGUGAUGCAUCUUGCUGCUCAAGCUGGGGUAAGGUAUGCAAUGGAGAACCCUAAAUCUUAUGUUAAUAGUAACAUUGCUGGACUUGUUAAUUUGUUGGAAGUUUGUAAAUCUGCAAACCCACAACCUUCAAUUGUUUGGGCUUCUAGUAGUUCUGUUUAUGGAUUGAAUUCAAAGGUUCCAUUUUCUGAAAAAGAUCGAACCGAUCAGCCUGCGAGUUUGUAUGCUGCUACUAAGAAAGCUGGGGAAGAAAUUACUCAUACUUAUAAUCACAUUUACGGGUUGUCAAUUACUGGGUUGCGUUUCUUUACUGUUUAUGGACCAUGGGGUAGGCCUGAUAUGGCGUAUUUCUUCUUUGCGAAGGAUAUGUUGAAGGGGAAGCAGAUUAAGGUGUUUGAGGGUCCAAAUCAUUCGACUGUUGCAAGGGACUUCACCUACAUUGAUGAUAUUGUGAAGGGGUGUUUAGGGGCGUUGGAUACUGCCAAGAAGAGUACUGGGACUGGUGGGAAGAAGAAGGGGCCUGCACAAUUUAGGAUCUUUAAUUUGGGGAAUACUUCGCCUGUUAGUGUUACUGAGUUGGUUAGUAUCUUGGAGAAGCUCCUUAAAGUGAAGGCUAAUAAGAAGGUUUUGCCACUGCCUAGGAAUGGGGAUGUUCCAUUUACACAUGCCAAUAUCACUUUGGCUCAGAAGGAGCUCAGUUAUAAGCCUACAACUGCUUUGCAGACGGGGUUGAAGAAGUUUGUUAGGUGGUAUUCGAGUUACUACUCUGACUCGAAGAAGAAGAGUGGCUCUGUUUGGUGAAACUGGAAGUUGUGAUGUUUGAGGAUAUAUCAAACUAGGAGAGUGCUUUCUGGCAAUCUGCUAAAAUUGGAGGUUUUUGGUCCAUGUUUUCUGUUUGCAGAAGCGUACCUCGAUUGGAGUAAUGGAAUAUUGGAGGUAUCUUCAUUGCUUUUCUAUUCACACAUUGCUUUGUUCUUUUAGGGUUAGGUAUCACUAAUAGUUAGCAAAUGUACAGCUUCUGAAUUCAGACUACAACUUUACAGUUUCAAUAACAUUACGCUGGUUCAUUUAUCUUCUGUUAUAAUUUUGAAUACCAGUUGCAAUAUUUUUAGAUUGGUAACUGAGUUUUUGUUCAAACUCGCUCUGUAUUUUACUAGUUUUGAUUAAUAUUGCUCUUUGAUUAUU